CCCCAAAUAUUCGGCCCAUUCGAAUCGUUUUUGGGGGCUUCGCAGUCGAAUUUGCUCGCCCAAAGCCAAUCACCCUCUCUCUCCUCUCUGCAACUUCCUACUACUGACCCCCUCUAUUCUUAUCAACUUCUCGUUGCUUUCGCUUCAAGCCUUCCGUUCCAUUAAUUUUUUUAGUUUUUCAAACCUCCCGACUUUUCAAAGAAUGCGAAUUGAAACUGUAGUUUCGUUUCCGGAAACUGUUCCAACGAGCUGCAAAACGACUCGUCAAAAAUGCGAUUUUGUUUCGAAUUCUCCAACUAAAUAAAUCAGAGUUGAAAACUUAUCUGAGAGAUUUGAUUUUGGUCAAUUGCUGGAUUCUUGUUUCCGUUUCUUCGGGGUUGACUGAACUGCGACUUCUGGUAAUUAGCCAGAAUUUUCAGUCGUCCCCAUUUGGGGUAUUUUUAUUUGGUUGAAUUUCGAGUCCCCAGUUGAAAAUUCAAUGCGAUUUUCAUUUGGGUUCAUCCGAUUCAAUGUAAAGUUGAGGUCUUGGAAGGUUCUCUUUUGAAGGGUCUUCAGCUGGGUUUUGGGUCCCAUUGAUAUUGGAAAGUUUCGUUUUUGGGUUGAGAUACUGUAAAAUUUGAGGUUUUCGAAUCGAGUUUUUGUGAGCUUGAAGGAUUUUAUUUUUCUUCUGGGAUUUUAGAGUUUUGUGGGGGGUUUUCGGGUGCUCUUGAUUCAUUGGAAAGAUUCGUUUUUGGGUUGAAAAAUGUAAGUUUGAGGAUUUCGAAUCGAUUUUUGGGUCCUGCAUAUACCAAGUGAGCUUGAAGGAUUUGAUUUUUCAAGAAUAUUAGAGCUUUGAGCAAUGAGGAGUGGUUGAUCAUUUAGCUAACCUUAAUUCAUUGGAAAGUUUCGUUUUUCGGGUUGAAAGCAUGUAAACUCGAGGUUUUCGGAUUGGAGUUUUGGUCCUGCAUAUACAAGGGAGCUUGAUGGAUUUGAACUUUCUGGGAUUUUAGAGUUUCCGCGAUGGGGUUGUUGAUUUAGUUCAGGGUUUUGAUUUGGGUUGUGGGGAAUUGAAUCAAUUGAUUAGGAUGGAGGAAGUUCAAGGUGGCACGAGUUCGCUGCCUCCUUUCCUUUCCAAGACAUAUGAGAUGGUAGAUGAUGCUUUAACAGAUUCAAUUGUGUCAUGGAGUGCCAGUAAUAAGAGCUUCAUUGUUUGGAAUCCGCCGGAGUUCGCUAGAGAUUUGCUGCCAAAGUUCUUCAAGCACAACAACUUCUCUAGCUUCAUCAGGCAGCUCAAUACCUACGUAAGGUUUAGAAAAAUUGAUCCGGAGCAAUGGGAAUUCACCAAUGACGAUUUUAUUAGAGGUCAGCCACACAUUAUGAAGAAGAUCCGUAGGCGAAAGCCGGUGCACAGCCACUCUUUGCAGAAUCUUCAAGUCCAAGGGCAAGGGACUUCAUUGUCCGAAGCUGAACGGCAGAGUAUGAAGGAUGAAAUCGAGAGGCUUAAACAUGAGAAAGAACGCCUUGGUGUGGAGGUACAGAGGCAUGAGCAGGAGCGGCAUGAAUUGGAGUUGCAGAUGCAGUUCUUGAUGGACCGUUUGCAACACAUGGAAAAGCAGCAGCAAAGCAUGGCGGCUUUCGUGGCUAGGGUUUUGCACAAACCGGGGAUUGCCUCCAAUCCUGUUCCGCAGUUAGAAGUCCGUGAGCGAAAGAGAAGGUUGCCAAGAAUCAGUUGGUCCUUCGAUGAUGCUAACAGUGGAUAUAAUCAGAUGGUUACUUCACAAGCUGUAAUUAGAGAAAAUGGGGGUACGGAAAAGUUGGAGCAGUUGGAGUCUUUCCUAACAUUUUGGGAAGAUACCAUUCAUGAUGUUGGUCACAAUAACGUCCAGGUUGGUUCAAACCGAGAGGCGGAUGAAUCUACAAGUGGUAACGAAAGCACAGCUCUGUCUUCCAUACAACUGAAUGCUGACAUUCGGUCAAAAUCCCCUGGAAUUGACAUGAAUGCUGAACCCCCCGCUUCUGUUGCUCCCAAGCCUGCUGCAUCACAAUCCUCGAAAGAACAAACAGCUGGAAUUGCUGCUUCUGCACCCACCACCGCCUUGACACAACAAACGUCUAAAGAAAAACCAGCUGGAACCACUGCUUCUGCACCCACCGGGGUCAAUGACAUAUUUUGGGAACAGUUCUUAACAGAGAAUCCUGGUACAUCGGAAGCACAGGAAGUUCUGAUUGAAAGAAAGGAUUCCGAUGGUAAAACGAAUGACAGCAAACCUGGUGAUCAUGGUAUGUUGUGGUGGAAUAUGAGGAAUGUAAAUAACCUUACAGAACAGAUGGGGCAUCUUACUCCAGUAGAGAAAACCUGAUAUUACUAGUUCUUUUAUUCCGGUAUAAAUUUAGGUAUGAAUACUUUGUUCUGGCUAUAUAUAGAUAUUCUGUGUUUUGAGUUCA